CCGUCCCUCUCACGUGUGGGUUCUGGAGCGUGUCUGUUUUCUGCUGGAGUCCUCUCGCCUGGAGGCCUGAGGUGCGUGCUUUCCGUCGCACCGGUACCGUCUCGGCCAUGGGGGUCUCCAAGAGGAAAGCCUCAGGCGGCCAGGGCGGCGCGGCUUCCGCUGCGGGAGCAGCCAAGCGGGCCCGCACUGAAGAGCUCACGGGCGUGCAGUUCAAGACUCGGCUGAGGGAUCCGCAGGGCGCGGGGCCGGCCUUGGAAGCAUUUGUCACUGCUGCCAAGAAGCUACCACAAGAAGACAAGUAUGAUAUUGUAGAAGGGUAUAUAAAGAUAUCUGUUGAGUGUGCAGAAGUUUUCCAGCUUCUGAGUGGAGAGAAGCGGCCUGAAAAUGAAAUGCUGUUAAUAUUUCAAGUUUUUGAGGCCAUAUUAUUGCGGACAGCGAGUGAUCUUUCACAUUUUCACAUUGUGGGCACCAACAUUGUGAAAAAGCUAAUGAACAACCAUAUGAAGCUCAUCUGUGAGUCCCUGUAUGCCUCAGGUUAUCGGUUGGCUCGGGCCUGUCUUAACCUGAUGGCUGCCAUGGUGAGCCAGGGUCCCGAAGCUGCCAGAGAUGUCUGCAGCCAUUUUGAUUUGAAUAAAAAGACCUUGUACACCCUCGUGACUAAGCGGGAUUCAAAGGGAGUGCCUGAUGUCCGGCUGGCCUACAUCCAAUUCGCCCUCUCUUUCUUAAUUGCUGGUGAUGACAGCACUAUAGGGCAAGUGCUGGAGCUGAAAGAAUUUAUUCCUUGCAUUUUUAGCUCAGGCAUAAAGGAAGAUAGGAUUUCUACCAUCAACAUUUUGUUAUCUACCCUGAAAACAAAGGUAGUUCACAGUAAAAGUAUCACAAAAACACAGAAGGUUCGUUUCUUUACUGGGCAGUUGCUGAACCACAUAGCGUCUCUCUACAGCUGGAAUGGGAUUGUCGACGUGGCGCUGGAAAACCCUGAGGCAGACAAGGUGUCUGCUGAAGAAGCAGGGAAAGCCAUGGUGAGGGAGCUUGUACAUAACUUCCUGAUGGAUCUUUGCUGUUCUCUCAAGCAUGGCAUUAAUUUUUAUGAUGCAUCUUUGGGUACCUUUGGCAGAGGAGGCAACCUGACACUCUUACACUUCUUGUUGGGUUUGAAAACAGCAGCUGAGGAUGAGCUGGUGGCUGAGCUUGUGGUGAACAUCCUUAAGGUGUGCCCGGACUUGCUGAACAAAUACUUCAAGGAGGUCACGUUUUCCUUUCUUCCAAGAGUGAAGUCCACUUGGCUAAAUAAUAUUAAACUACUAAACAAGAUCUAUGAGGCCCAACCAGAGGUUUCCCGAGCAUUUUGGACCAGAGAGUUUAUCCCCUUGCCACGGCUCCUGGCGAUGGUGAUGGUGACCACAGUGCCCCUGGUGUGCAAUAAGAUCAUGUUCACUCAGGCAUUAAAUUUGGAUAGCACAUCGGUGAGAUACACAGCUUUAUCCCUUGUUUCUGUCAUUUUGAAAAGAGCAUUAAAAACCAUUGACCACUGCCUGAAUAAAGAGUUAUGGCAAGAAUCAGGCGUGUACACAGCUGUGAUGAUGGGAGAGUUUGUGCUGCUCUUCAGAGAAGCCCUGAGCAAGAUUUUGCCAGACCUGAACACUAUCGUGUGGGUCUGGCAGUCACUUAAAAAGCAAGAGACAAAACAGGAUGAUAUGAAAGGGAAGAAAAGAGGUGACAGGAUUCCAGCUGCCGAUGUGACUCACCAGAGUGACGAUGCAGAAACCAUACUUUUGAAAGCCAUUCUGCUCCAGGUCAUAUGCCUCUACCAGAAGGUGGUCCCCCACAUGGUCAUGCAGUAUAACUUUGACUUCAGCAAGCUCCUGAAAGGCAUCAUCUCCGAGCAGGGCCUGAGAAAGGAGGUGCCACCCAUCCUGCAGCACCACAUGCUAAAAGUGGCCCUGGAGCUGCCUGCCAACAAGUUUCUAUGGUUGAAGACACAGGAAGGCCCAGAUAUAGAAAUCAUUGGAGGAGAACGAUCAGUGUUUUACUUAUUGAUGAAAAUGUUUGUGACCAGUAGCCAUUUACAGCUCAAGUCAUCGACCAAACUUCUGAUCAUAAAGAUCCUGCGGGACACAGGCGUGUUUGAGCACACAUGGAAGGAGCUGGAGCUCUGGCUGGAGCACCUGGAUAGCACUGCAGAGGAGAGCAAGGAAACUGUGAUUCAGUUUCUGGAACGGAUUUUACUGACAUUGGUGGCAAAUCCUUAUUCAUACACAGACAAAGCAUCUGACUUUGUCCAGGAGGCCAGUACACUGCAGGCCACCAUGACGAAGCAAGAUGCCGACGAUGCCAGCAUUCCUGUGUCCCACAUUGAUGAUGUGCUGGACAUGGUGGACGUCCUGGUGGAGGGCAAUGAAGGCUUGGAUGAGGAAGUUGGAUUCUUGUUAAAUGAAGACAUGAUCCUGCUCACAUUCCCAUUCAGUGCGGUGGUCCCUGCAGCCCUGGAAGCCAGGAAUAAGUUGCUCCUUGGGACAGAAAAUGAAGCAGGGGAAAGCAUCGUGACGUAUCUGACAGCAGUGCUGACCGACCUCCUCCACACCCAGAGGGACCCCCUGGCUCUGUGUCUUCUCCUCCAGGCUUAUGACAAGUUUGAGCCUCCGGGCCCACCUUGCUGCCCUCAGCUCUCCAGGUUUAGCAGAUAUUACAGCCUUUGGAUCCCAGAGCAGGCCCGAGAGCCCUGGCUCCUACAGGCAUUAAGCAGCCUUGUACCCCACGCACCUCCAGAGGCCUCCUGCUUCUCUGCCCUGCUGCAGACGGCCUAUGAGAGCCAGACACUUUUGGAAGAGUGCAUCCAGGCACGGCUGCAGGCUGCCAUCCCACACCUUGCCCAGCACCAAGUCCUGCGCUCAGCCAAGCAGGUGCUGCUCUGCCUCAGGACCACUGUGGAGAAUUUCGGCCAGCUGGGCAGAAGUGUGGGGCCCCCCCUCCUGCAGCUCUUCCUGGACCUCCUGAGGCUCUUGGUUAUCCACUGUGAACAGUUGGAUGCCCAGAACCGACAGAAGUGUGAGGCCGCCCAGGCCGAGUCUGACCUUUUUCUGGACAUGGAGUCUGUGGCCUCACUGGAGUUGGCUGAUGACCAGACACUGGAUGAGGUGCUAAUGGCCAUCCUCAGACACCCGACACUGGAGGGCUGGUUUCUUGCCCUGGAGCAGCAGGCACUGCCCCCACACACGCUCAGCCCCAUCCUCGUGAAGCUCCUGGCGACCCACUUCAGUACAGGGGCCCUUCAGCUGCUGGUGGUGAGUGCCCCAAUCCUUCGUAACAUGGGUCGGCUCGGCCUCCUGGCCAGGUACUCAGAGGCCAUCACCCAAAGUGUGUUGAGGGAGCUGCGAGCCAGGAGAGCAGGCCCACCCACAUCACUACCCAAGACCCUACCACAGCUGAAGGCCCUGCAGGAACUGCACCCAUACAUGGAAGGUGCCCAGCUCCGAGAGGUCACCCUGGCCUUGCUGGACCUACCUGAGGCCCACCUGCUGGCCCAGCGACCCACGAAGUCCCCUGGGAAGGAGAAACACCUGAGCGCUCUCGGAAAGACUUUGGUGCAGCUGUUGACUGGCAGCCCUCAGGACCAGCUACAGAGCCACAAGUUCCUCUGGUCUUCUGAGUAUGUGAGAGGCCUGGGGCCUCUGCUCCCAACCCUAGCUGUGGAUGAACUGGACUCCGUGUUCCUGCACACUCUACAGAGAGACCCUGUGCUGGCCUCCGUGGUGGCAACCGACCUGCUUGACUAUUGCCUGGUCCGGCGGACACAGGCGGCCCUUGGCAUCGCUGCCCUGCUCCUUCAGCAGAGCUGCACCCACCUGCUGAGGUUUGAGCUGUGGUGUGGGCAGGCUAGUGUGGGGUUCCACCUGCAGGAGGAUCUGGACAGCUUCCUUCCCCUCAUCCAUCUGUACCUUCAGUGCAGGACUCAGGGCCUCUUCGUGCGUCCAGCGAGAGUGUCCUCUGCUGUCAUUUCUGUCUUGAGGAAGACCCUGUGGAAACAGCUGCUGGACAGGUUUCUCAGCACUAAUGGGCCCCCAGAGUCUGGGCUGCUUCAGGAAACUCUGGCCCAGCUGGUCCCAUUUGCAAGAGCCAAAAGUCUCCGAAUGCUCAUGGGCCAUUUGCCCAGCUUGCUUCAGACUCCAAACAGUCACAAGAGUUGGCUCAUGGCAGACGCGGUCUCCACAGCCCUGGAGGGGUCCUCAGGAGAGCUGAGUGCCUGGAGGAAGACCCUGCUAGAGUCCUGCAUGCAGUGGCUGCUCGCGUCCUUCAGUGGUAGCCAACUAGGUGAUGCCAGUACCCAGGAGCAAGAGAGGCAGAUGCUGCUCAGAUUAACCGAGUUGUUGCGUGCACUUAAUGAAGUUGAUCCUGGUACUUGGCAGAAAUUUGUGAAAAAGGGACUCAAGUUUCGCUAUCAGGACCACACCUUCCUACAGACCCUCUGUGCUGCCACACAGCUCCUGUAUGGCCCGGAGAGCACUGUGCACACCAAGCUCAUCCAGCUCCCGGUGGUCCACAUGAUGCUCACCCAGCAUUCUCUGUUUUUGCCAACACUGCUGACAUCUGAGGAAGAAGGAAACCCAGACAGUCAAGUAAAAGAAGCGCUGGUGGACCUGAUGGCGACCGUGGUGAGGAUGUGCCCCUCUGUCUGUGAGAGCAGCCACUUUGCCGUGCUUCUUGGGGCCUACAGGGCCACCCUCAGCAUCUUGGAUCAGAAGAUUUUACUUCUCCUCCGGGCGUAUGAACAGAACAAGCUCAGCCUCAUUAGUUUCAGGGUGCUGCUGUGGGGCCCAGCAGCCGUGGAACAUCACAAGACAUGCCGGAGCCUGGGAAAGUCGCUGUGGCAGCAACCCAGCGUUGGGGAUAUUCUUCGCCUGCUGGAUCGGGACCGGAUGAUGCAGACCAUCCUGCACUUCCCCUUGAACCGAAGGCUGCUGCCUCCUGAGGACUCACAGGAAUCAGUGUUUAAAGACAAGAGUGUGAAGGUGGAUCUCAAUGGCCUUUAUGACCCCUGCUUUCUCCUUCAUCUCUUCAGUGAACUGACCAGGCCAGAAUUUGUGGUGGACUGUCGAAAAUUUUUGGAUUCAAAUGCUCUGGGCCUAACUGUGGCAGCCCUCAGUAGCUAUGACCCCCAGAUGCGAGCUGCAGCUUAUUCCGUCCUGGCGGCCUACUACUCACAUCUGGAGGGUGCUCGGUUCAGGGAGCAGUCCCAGCUGCUUUACCUGUUGGAUGUGGUCCGGAAUGGUAUUCGAACCCCGAACAUGAGACUCACUUUUACCUUGGCUCUCUUCAUUGCCAAGGCAGCCCUGCAGAUUUUGAAACCAGAGGAACACAUGUACUGGAAGAUCAGCAAGUUCCUGCUGUCACAUGAGUACUUGAACAUGGACAAAGUGCCGGGCUUCUACCAGUUCUUCUACAGCUCUGACUUUGAGCAAAAAACCGAACAGGAAUGGGUGUUUGGGAUUCUGCGGCAGGGGAUUCGCGACAAAAACUGCUAUGAGCUUUGUGCCCGGCGAGGGGUCUUCCACAUUAUCCUGACCUUCUUCAGCAGCCCGCUGUGUGACGAAGUGGCACAGAAUUGGAUCCUGGAAAUUCUACAGAAUGCUGCCCAAGUUGCCAGAUCUGCCUAUGAAAUUAUACGGGACUAUAGCCUUUUAACGUGGAUUUUACACAUCCUUGAGAACAAAUUUCUGGAGACUCAGCUGCUCUCUAAUGUGAUCUCCUUGCUGCAUACACUGUGGGUGACCAACUUAGGAGACAAAAGAGUAGAGGGGAACAGCCAGCCACCCUGCCAGCCCGGCUCCCACGAGCCCCGCAAGCUGCUCGCCCUGCACCUGGUCAACGAGUUCCUUUAUGUCCUUGUCGCACUUAUGAAGCAUCUGAGGCCUACCUUGGCUUCCACCCAGCUCAUCAGCUUCUUUAAGACACUCGACUCUGUGCUGAGAUACCGGGCCACCGUUCUGCAGACCUUUAAGGACAUGGGCCGAUUCACUGUGAAUGAGAUGGUACUUUCCACCCAAGAUGUCCUGAUCCUCUUGCAUAAGUGGAGCAUCAUCGAAAGAAACACUAAGCUGCAGGAAGACCUGAGAGCAGCUAUUGAGAAGUGCCAACUCAGGGACCUAAUGAAAGUGCUCAAGGAUAAGAACAGGCCCAUGGUGCCAGCCCGAGCCAAAGGCCCGCGGAGCCGGAAAAGAAGGCCUGGAGAGGCAGAGGCUACGGUCAACCCUGAACUGACGGCAUCUAGUCUGGAGACAUGCAAGGGUCUCCUGCGGUCCAUACUGACCUACUGGGGGCCUGUGGUCCCUGGAUCUGAACCUGCUCAGGAGCCUGCAGACCAGACCACCCUGGAAAGUGAAGCACCAGGUCCUGGGUAUGCCAUUGCCUCCCUGGUGGUCAGCUGGGUGCUGCGGUCAGUAGGCGAGUGCCCGCUCAGCAGGGCAGAAGCUAUGGGACUCCUUGGCUGGCUCAAGAACCACAUUUUGCCACAUGCAGAGGUGGUAGCUGACCUUCUUGGGGACAGUGCUGUGAGGAGCAGCAUGUUUAAGCUCUACAGCCGCCUCUGCAGUGCUGAGGAGCUGGUGGGUCCUGCACAGGAUGUGGCCUACCUAUUCACCACGGUCAUGCUACAGUUGGUGGCAGCUCAGGGCCAGGUACAGAGCCCCUUCCACCAAGCAGUGGAAGCUCUGUGGACAUCUUCUCUGGAUGAGAAAGACAAAGCCCCACAAGCAUUCCUCGUGUCCCUGUAUGUUAAGGAUGUCUGGCUGGGCACCCGGCAGCCAGCCAACCUUCUGGCCCAUGUUCGAAUGGUCUGUGAUGCUGCAGAGGACACGGCAGGUGGUGAAGAGGAGGCCAUCAUUGUGCUCUGCAAGGACACUGCUGCCUCUGUCUUAGAGGCAUGAACACCAGCUUCUGAAGUUUGGCUGAGUCAAGUUUCAGGAAAGACAUGAACCAGCAGGUUCAAUACAUUAACUCGGUUUUCUGAAAAAUGUUAGAAGGACUUCACUUAACUGACCAAUAAAUAAUAAGCUCAAGGGACCAUGUGUACCAAAUGGGCAGAGCCAUGUGACUCAGGUGCAUUAGGGCCACCAGGCUCAUCGGGGCCAGGUGGGCAGGUCUUUCCUCGUCUCUGGGAGUGCCUCGUGUUUUGCUGGAAACUGCUCAAGUCAAGGGUGCUUGUGAGUGCAGAACAGAUUUGUGGAUAUUGAAUCAGCUAAGAUAUUGAAAAGUCUGUCAUUUUUUGAUGACCAUGAAAGUAGAUAUUUGAAGUUUCUGUCUGUAAGAAGUCAUGACAAAAUUUUGUAUACUCUGCGUAAGUUCCAGCAGUGUUUUUGAUUAUUUUAUUAUUAAAUCCUCAAGAAUGACAGAAAUGACAGCCUAUGUUUCUAAAGUUAUAUUUCAAAGAGAUUUUUGAGUGUUAUAAUUUCUUGAUAUUAAAUGUCUAUUUUUGUAA